AUGACCCCUGCGGAUGCCCUCGAAAAGACCUCGCCGGUGGUGCGGCUUCGCAAAGCGCUUGGCGGACCCACGGGCGGGUGGCACUUGGACGCGCAGCGGUCGGUGAAGGGCGAUCAGCGCAGCAGAACAUCGACCUUGGUCAGCGCCCACCGGCCCGGCGAACACGCGGCGGAGUGGGUCCUGGAACACGGCACGGAUGGGUUCCGCUUGCGCCUGGGCUCGGAGCACUUGAGUCAGCCCAGCGGCUGGUACCUGGAUGUCGACGCGGACGGCGCGGUGGUUGUGCGGAAAGGCAACUCGACUCCAGCUGCGGAGUGGCUCAUCGAUCUCGAGGGAAGCCCAGGCGUCGCUCAUAUGUUCAGCCUCCAAGUGGCCUCCGGCGCCUUCCGCGGUUGGUUCCUGGACACCUCGGAGUCUAGUCGGACUGAUGACUCGGUCUACUUGCGCCUGGUGCCAGAGCUCAGUUUCUGGCUGCUAGAGCUCCAGAAGUUCGAGGGAGCGUCCGCGGAUCUCUUCAAGCGCAAGGCUCCGCUGCGCCUCUACGAGGUGGUGGUUCGCAACUUUUCCGACAGGCCUCUGCUGCUGCAGGGAAAGAAGGCCCCAGCUUUGCGGAAAGUGGCGAAGGGGAAGUUGCUGCAGAUUAGCGACGUGCUGUCACCCGAGCCAGGCCCCGACGCAGAGACCGCGGCUUUGGGGCUGGCAGCACAGCCAGAGCUGGCCCAUGCGCCGACAAUCCAGGCGGUGGACGCCGAACACCAAGCAGGGGACGUGCCGAUGUCAGGCGCCGGAGGAGAACCACCGGCAGUCGUGGACAAGAUGGGGCACUUCCAGUACUUCGGAGGUUGCCUUGACAAACUGAGCCGGGUGAACCAAGAUGCCCGCAGAUGGCCUGGAUAA